AUGUAUCUGCAUCACCUGUUUUCAUUACCGCCGGCUAUCAUCGCCCUGUGCGCAACCUCAUCUGUUGUUGCCGCCCAAGCCGAUUCGCACCAGCAACAAUGGCCGCACAAUGUACCCAAGCACCUAAAGUACUUUCCAGAGGACGAGAUCCAUGCGAAGCGCGGAUUGAGUAUCGCGCAGAGGUUGCAACAUGAGAAGCCGAUUGGAGUCAAGAAGAUGAGUCUGGACGAAGGGGAAAUGUUCAUGCUCGACAAUUGGAUAUUCGCCUCAGAAUCUCAACAACAGUCUCGGAGAUCCGACUCGGACAAUCUAGGUAACCUCGCAGUACAAGCUGACCCGCCUUUACGACCGUUGGCCCAGUCGGACUGGUUAGCGCGCAUGCACAUUAGAGAUGUGUUGCUUAAACGCCAAUUCAAAUGUCCCGAGGGAACAAGUAGCUGCCAGUCGAUUGGGGCGCCGGACGUCUGUUGCGGUACAGGAAGCAAUUGCAUACAUACCAGUGGUACCUCUGACGCUGGAAAUGUUGGAUGUUGCCCCAAAGGACAGACUUGCGCCGGAAACGUCAGCUGUGAUACUGCGAGCGGAUACUCAAGUUGUCCUGGUUCAUCGAAUGGAGGAUGCUGUUUGCCUGGAUUCAAAUGCCAGGGCGUAGGAUGCGUUCUAGAAGCCACAUCAACAACCUUCAUCCCGCCCUCUUCCACCUCCUCUACCGCUGCUCCCCCACCUCCCACCUCAACAGCAGCCCCAACCUCCACCACACCCUCCCCCUCCAGCACAACCCCACCACCCACCUCUUCCUCCUCUCGCACCGCAUACACCUGCUCAACAGGCUGGUUCUCCUGUCCCGCCUCCCUUGGCGGCGGCUGCUGUCAAAACGGCCGCACCUGCGCAACAGGCGCCUCCUGCAUCGGCGACAACCCAACCACCAGCACGCGCGCCCCGGACGCCCCCAUCCGGCCCACCAGCGGCACCACCACCGCCGCCCAGGCCACCAGCGCAGACGUCUGUCCCCAAGGCUUCUACGUCUGCAGCGCUUACUACCCCUCGGGCUGCUGCCGCGUCGGCCGCGACUGCCAGACGACAGGCUCCUCGUGCGUGCUUCCUACUGGCACCGUUGUAGAUACAAAUGGCGUUACGGUUGUUGCGCCGACGACCGGCCCGAGCAGUUGUCCCAGUGCGUGGUAUAGCUGUGCUGCGAGUGCAGGCGGCAAUUGCUGUCCUCAGGGUUAUGCCUGUGGUGAGCAGCAGUGUACGGCGACGGCGAGUGGGCAGGCGGGCACGACGGCCAAGGCUACGCCGAGUAGUACUAGCAGUAGCCAGGCGAGUUUUGUGGCGGGAAUUCCAAUUGCCCUGUCGUUUUUUGCGGUAGGCGUGAUUGGGGUUGCAAUGGUGGUGUUGUGAGAGGGCGACAGUUUGGCCUUUUUUUUUCUUAUUUAUUUUUUAUGAUCACGACGAUGAAAUGAUCAAGACAAUUAUGAUUUAUAUGACCAUGAGUAUCUAGCGCGGGUUUUUUUAUACAUAUACACACAUAUUUAGAACAUGAUUCGUUUACAUUUCUACAAGAGUUUUAAUGCAAGGUUGGAAACAAAGAAAAACAUGAGGGGAUUCUUCUACACUGCUUAUAGUUUGUAGCUUCCCGCACCCUUCUUCACACCAUCCUUGACCUCCUUGCCCUCGACAUCCGUAAUAACACCCUUGCGUCCGAUAAUCUGCACGCCACCCUUCUUCAAGUCACCCAGCAACUGUUUCUUCUCACCCCUCUUCUUCUCCUUGCCCUCGACCUUUUGUUCCUUGGGCUUGUUAAGACCAGCCUUCUUAGCCCUCUCCUUUGCGCGCCGUCGCCUCGAUG